AUGGUCUUGUCCUUGUUCAACAGCAUGACUCGACCAGAUGUGAUGCGCUGGUACGCGAAAACAAGAUUCUAUCACAUCGUCAACUUGACGGCCUGGCAAAUCUACCCCUGUACACGAACCUACAACGAGAUCCACCCACAGUAUCGACCAACAACUCUGCAACUGCAGUGCCAGUAUCCAACAGUCAUCGACUGGAUACCGUUUCCCAGUAUAAGAGACCGUCUCAUUCAGCUUCAUUCGGCAAAUCCCCGGAUCGACCAGAUCUUCUGCGACGCUGUAAGCAGCUAUGUCGUCGAGGCGUGGAUGUCCGAUUUGAUCCAAGGUGCUCCUGCAAUCAAGUCUUACAUCCGAGUGACCGAUCUGGUUCCAAAUAUCGAUUUCACGAAUACAGUUAGUGAAGAUGACUUGGCUGCUGCUCUUCCUGCACGGGAUGCCGCAACUCUCUUCUCCUCGCCGAUCUGUUCUAGGGCCGUUUUCAACCGGCUUAGUAUGAAUCAAGGAAUCUCAAAUUACAAGAUCGAUCCAGCUUUCUUCGGCAGCUACCCAGAACUGUAUGAUCAUAAUGCCGAGGUCGCGGCGAAAGGUAUUCCUUUGCGACCGGAUGUACAGCUUCGAUUGACGUACCCAAAGCCUCUUGAUACUCCAACGUACCAUACUUAUCGCAACUUCAUUGACUUCUCUUAUGAUGCACCUAUGUGUACCGAAUUGCUUGUUUGUUGA